CGAUAAUCGUUAAUCGUUCUGUUACACGUGAGGCUCGUUUUGAAGUAAACAAUUUUGAAAUAAAAAUAAAGAAAAAUGGGCGAGUUUAUAGCUGAGAUGCAGGAGCGUUUGCUCCCGGAGUACGAGCAAAUGAAGAACUACAACGUAUUCAAACCGGAUCAAAUUAGAGAAAUUGUCCUCCGACGGGAACGUUUUUUCGUGAAAAUUUCUAAGAGCCACCAGACAAUCUCCGACUACCUUGAGUUCGUAUUGUACGAAAAACAAAUGCACCAGACCAUAGUGGAAAAGGAAAAAAAGAUGCACGUAAAGCUAACUGGCCUUAAGAACUCCAUCUCCAUAAGAAUUUUGCGUUUGUAUAGAGAAGCGCUGGGAAAAUUUACCCAUGAUAGGCGCCUCUGGAAGCACUGGAUAAAGUUUAGCAAGAAGAACAACCCUGUCGAGGUGGCUGGCAUCUACGAAAAGAUGCUGUUGUACCAUGGGGACGAACCGGAUGUCUGGGUGGAGGCUGCUGAGUGGCUUUACGAGCAUAAUCGCCUGAACGUCUCCAGGGUUAAGGAUAUACUGCUGCGAGGCCUGCAACGUCAUCCAAGUUCGUCAAAGAUUAACAAGUGUUUCUUUGAUACUGUGCUUAAGGAAGCAGCUUCUGCCAGUAGCGAACGCAAUCUUGCAGAUAAUACGCUUUCAGAGCAAGACGUUAAAAUGGAACAAGUAGAAGCCGUCUAUCGCAACAGCUUGGCGAAUAUUACGGAGCUCGACUAUUUUAUAAGUAUCCUCGAGAGCUGCGAGGAUUACCACGAGAUCACAGGCAAGGUGCAGCGUAUGAUUAUCGAUGACUUGCAGGAGAAGUUUCCCCGCGAACCGGGACUCUGGGAGAUGCUGGCACAGCGCGAGCUGCGUGGCUUCCAUUUGGGCGACUUGGCGGAGGAAGGUCAGGAGUCUAACAGCGCCGAUCCGCCUCCUAGCAAGAGGUCACGUACCGUCAAUGUUCGCUCCAUGAAAAGACGCAUUGAGCUCUGUGUCGCUGUCUACAAGUCGGCCGUGGAGGAGCUACAAACAGCUGAGAUGUGGGACAGAUAUUUAAAUGCCAUGGUAGCUAUGAGCACUGAUGGCAACGUUGAGCGCGUCCUGAAGCAACAGUGCCUGGCAAACGCCUUGCAAGCCGGCCAUCUUUCGGGCAUGAUGAAGGUCAGGCACUAUGCCAUCCUACGGAAAAUGCUGUGCAGUGCUCCCAGUGGUCUGGAGGCGGCAGUCACUAUUAUAACAGAAGCUCUAAAGCACGACUCUUCCGUUGAGAUGCACGAAUUGCUGCUGAUAACUCACAUUCAGAAUGACAGUGAGUCGCUGGUCUACGAACUGUUCCAGAAGAUAAAAAGCAGCAUGGGCGCAGAAGCCUUGCCGCUGUGGAAGACCACGAUUCUGUACUACAGGGCACGUCAAGACAGCCUAGGUGGGCGACGACUGGACGAAAUCUAUGACCAUGCCUGCAAGUCAACCUGGCCGGAAUUCGGAGAGCUUCGGUUCGAUUAUUUGCGAUACUUGUGGCAGGAGCGCUCCGUGGAUGAGGCACGCAAGGAGUACGCCAGGCUCGCCGUUCAGCCGCCGAUGUCGUUGGAUAUGCAUCGUCAAAUGGCCCAGCUGGAGGCUAGUGUGGCAGUUCGCGAUGGUUCAAGCAUCAAAUACUGGCGCAUGUGCUACGAGUUUAUGGCCUGCUAUUUCGGUAAGACCGAGCCGCGCAUUUGGGUGGAGUACCUCACUUUUGAGCGUGAUCACGGCGAGACCAAGAACAUAGCCCUUCUAGCCCAGCGAGCCCUCACCACACUGGAGCCCAAAUACGUACCCGCAUUCGAGUCCGAGAGGGCCCUGUCUUAUGUGGGAGCCUCUGUAGAGGCGUAAUUGGUAGUGACCCAUUUGAAAAGAUUGCGAAAAUUGA